GCCCCGAUCCCGGUCACCGCCCCCCGCGUUCGCGCCGCGAGCUCGGGACUCACCCUCGGGGCGAUUCGGUGGCGGCCCGUGCACCCCUCGGCAGGACGGCCAUGGGCUCUCCCACCGCCACCCCGCAGCUGCUGUACCGCAGCACCCGCCUGCUGCGCACGGCCUUUCAGCACCUCCACCAGCAGCAGCAGCGAGCCGACGUCUUCUGCGAUGUGGUCCUGUGGGCUGAAGGUGAGGCAGUGGUGGCCCACUGCAGUGUUCUCUCCGUCUGCAGCCCCUUCUUCAUGGAGCAACUGGGCCGGGAGCUGCCCCCCCAGGGUUGCAGGGUGGUGCUGGAGCUGGCAGGGCUGAAGAUUGGGGUGCUGCGCAAGCUGGUGCGCUUCUUCUACACUGCCGAGCUGGAGGUCACUCAGGAGGAGGUGCACGAGGUGCUGGCAGCUGCCCGCCGCCUCCGUGUCACUGAGCUCGAGUCACUGCAGCUCUGGGGAGGACGUCUGGUGAGACUGGGACCCCAGCGGCAGCUCGACCGCUCCUGCCUGCAUUCCACUCAGGAAGUCCCCCCCGUGGUGGCACCUGACACAGCUGAGCCUGGCAGUGCCAGCUCUGGGGUGUCCCCCCAGAGGCAGCCACACUCUGUGGAGCACGCACACCCCAGCCCCAUCGGGCGGAUGAGGCUGCGGAAGGUGGAGCGCUGGGGGUGCUGGGAGGUGGUGCGGGAGGUGCAGCCCCCCGCCAUGCCUCCACCAGUGCUGGUGGGGGAUGUGGGAGUGACAGAAGCACAGCCACCCCCGGAUGAGGAUGCACAGGAGCAGGUGAGCGAGUGCUCCCCACCCCAGCAGCCCCCCAGUGCAAACGGGAUGCAGCAGGGUGGGGACUCCCCUGUGUCCCCGCAGGGCUCCCAGCAGGCAGCACCCCCAGGGACCCUGGGAAGUGACAGCAAGGAGGAGGAGGAGGUGGAUGUGGGGACAGGGGAGCUGUUACUGCUCCCUGGCACAGUCUGCCUCUGGCCCAGUCCCUCAUCUGAGUCAGAAGAGGAGGUAGAUGUCCUCACCUAGGUGGGGCUGGCUCUGCCUCUCCCCCCACCAGUGCCUGCACCCCUUGGGCUGUGUGUCGUUGGAAUAAAGGGCUGGAGCUGUGCUGUGGA